ACUGCAUUUCCCAUGAGCGCCCGCCGGCGUCGACGUCGCGCAGUGUUUUCGCCGUCGCUCCGCGCCCUUUAUACUCACUUCCGCCCGCUAGUCUUCCUUUCCUUUCGGGGCUUGCGGCGGCAAGAUGGCGGUACAAAUUUCCAAGAAGAGGAAGUUUGUUGCUGAUGGCAUCUUCAAAGCUGAGUUAAAUGAGUUUCUCACUCGGGAGCUGGCUGAAGAUGGCUACUCUGGAGUUGAGGUCCGAGUUACGCCAACCAGGACAGAAAUCAUUAUCUUAGCUACCAGGACACAGAAUGUUCUUGGUGAGAAGGGGCGGCGGAUCCGGGAAUUGACUGCAGUAGUUCAGAAGAGAUUUGGCUUCCCUGAGGGCAGUGUAGAGCUUUAUGCUGAAAAGGUGGCCACAAGAGGUCUCUGUGCCAUUGCCCAGGCAGAGUCUCUGCGAUACAAACUCCUAGGAGGGCUUGCUGUACGGAGGGCCUGCUAUGGUGUGCUGCGAUUCAUCAUGGAGAGUGGAGCCAAGGGCUGUGAGGUUGUGGUGUCUGGGAAACUCCGAGGACAGAGAGCUAAAUCCAUGAAGUUUGUGGAUGGCCUGAUGAUCCACAGCGGGGACCCUGUUAACUACUAUGUUGAUACUGCUGUGCGCCACGUGCUUCUCAGACAGGGUGUGUUAGGCAUCAAAGUGAAGAUCAUGCUGCCCUGGGACCCAAGUGGUAAGAUUGGCCCUAAGAAGCCUUUGCCUGACCACGUGAGCAUCGUGGAACCCAAAGAUGAGAUCCUGCCCACCACUCCCAUCUCAGAACAGAAGGGUGGGAAGCCAGAGCCCCCUGCCAUGCCCCAGCCAGUCCCUACAGCAUAACAGGGUCUUCUUGGCAGCUGUAUCUGGAGUCUGGAUGUUACUCUUUAAAGACAUUUAAUAAAAUCUUGUACAAAGACAUAA